AUGUCUGCAAUAAAGACAGAUACUGGAUCGGACGAGGAGCGAUUCGACAAAGCUGGCUACGAAGUCAAUCAAGAGCCAGAAUCCGAGUCUGGGGUUGGAAACUCGGAGCCCGCUUAUGUUGUCGAUCAUGGAGCCGAACGUGCUCUAUGUCGAAAGUUUGACUACAGACUAUUGCCAGUCCUGGCUCUAAUGUAUUUAUUCAAUGCAUUAGAUAAAGGAAAUUUGGGAAAUGCAAAGACAGAUGGCAUGGAGAAGGAUUUGCACUUCAAAUCUAAUCAGUACAACAUUAUUUUGAGCGUCUUCUAUGUCCCAUAUGUGCUUUUUGCACCUCCAAUUGCAAUGCUUGGAAAGCGUUUCGGCCCGGCACGAGUCUUACCAAUCUUGAUGGCAUGUUUUGGCUCUAUGACACUUCUCACUGUGGCUGCUACGAACUUUGCUGGAAUGAUGACACUUAGAUGGUUCCUAGGAAUGUCGGAAUCAGCUUUCUUCCCGUUGGUAAUCUACUACCUCACCACCUUCUAUCGUCGAGGAGAACUUGCUCGUCGCCUAGCAAUCUUCUACGCAGCGUCCAACAUUGCAAAUGCAUUCUCUGGUCUUCUAGCCUAUGGUGUUUUCCACAUAACCAACACUAGACUCUACCCCUGGCGCUACCUUUUCCUAAUCGAAGGAUCCCUCACCUUCCUCUUCGCAAUCUUCGCCUUUCUCUACCUCCCCAAAUCAGCCGUCAAUGCUCGCUUCCUCAACGACAAGGAGAAGGCUCUCGCUUACCACCGCAUCCAAGUCGACUCCUCCUCCGUCGUCAACGAGCAAUUCAACCUCAAAGAAAGUCUCAAGAUCUUCCGCCAACCAGUAACAUACGCCUUCCUCGCCAUCGAAGUCUGUCUCGGCGUGCCCCUCCAAUCCGUCUCCCUCUUCCUCCCCCAAAUCGUCGCCCGCCUCGGCUACUCCACCGUGAAAACCAACCUCUACACCGUCGCCCCCAACAUCUCCGGUGCAGUCAUGCUCUUGAUCCUCGCCUUCUCCUCCGAUUACACCAGACGACGAGGUCCCUUCAUCGCGCUCGGCUUCACAUUCACAUUCAUCGGCAUGCUCAUCUACGCCACCAUCGACGUCAUCAACCAAAAACACGUCGCCUACUUCGCAACCUUCAUGAUGUGCUGGGGGACCUCCGCUCCCUCCGUCCUCCUCUCAACAUGGUACAACAACAACACGCCUCACGAAGGCCGGCGCGUGGUCCUUACGUCCGUCGGCGUCCCGCUCGCUAACGUCAUGGGGCUUGUGAGCAGCAAUAUCUUCACACCCGGGAGCGCGCCGAAGUACAUCCCGGCGCUGGCGACGACGGCGGCGUUUGGAGCCGUGGGGGCCGUGCUGGCGGCGAGUUUGAGUCUGUUUAUGGUGCUGGAUAAUAAGAGGCGGGAUCGGAAGUUGGGGCGGAAGUUGGAUAUUAGGGAGGUGCCUACGGAGUUGUUGAGGGACGGGCCGAGUGUGCCUGAGUUUCGGUGGUUUUUGUGA